CACAUAAACGGACGCUGCGCGUUGUAAAUAACCAUUAUUCGAGUUUUUUUUUUCUUUUUUGGAUUAUUAUCCAUAGUUUUAGUUGUUUCAUUCAGUUUUCUGUGAAGAAAUGGAAACUGCAACUUGGCAAUUGCAAAUUAACAAUACAAUUUAAUAAAUAUUGAUUGCCAUAUAACACAACAUGAAUAAAAAUGCCGGCGAUGGCAGCGGCAACGACGGCAAAAACUCAAACAAAGGUAGUGGAGGCUCCAAUGGCGGCGGUGGGGCUGGUGGCGCCGGCGGUAAUCCCCAUGAUCCUACAGGACUCUUAGAUGCUGCGUCACUUUUUGCGUAUUGGGGUCGUGACCCCACUGGAGCCGCUGCUGCGGCCGCCUCCAAUCCUCUAUUCAAUUCGCAAUUUAAUGCUGCCGCUGCCGCCGGCUUAGGUCUUUUGCCAAAUACAGCUGGAGCCGCUGCCAACGAUCGUUAUUCAAUGGCCGCGGCAGCAGCCGCAGCGGCAGGAGCCCAUCAUCAUCAGAAUACCAUGGCUGUGGCGGCAUCACAGGCCGCCAGUUUGGCAGGUCUGCAUCCAGCAAGCUGGUGGUCUAUGGCCCAAUUAGCUGCCCAGGACUAUUUCAGUCGCCUGCAGGCAUCAGGUCUUUCACCAUUUCCUCAUCCCGAUUUGGCAGCAGCAUUUGGUCCAGCUGCUGCCAUGGGUAUGGCUGGUGCAGGCGCUGGCACAAAUGCAAGUGGCGCAGCAGGUGGAAGUGCAACUGGCUUAGGUGGUGUUACAGGCAAUGCGGGCGGUAGUGGAUCUGGUGGUGGUGCUGGAGGAGGAGGCGGAUCGUCGAGUUCUUCAAGCAGUAAAUCGAACAAGUCGCGGAAGGAGAAACGAGCCGCCCAGCAACAGCAGCAACAACAACAACAGCAACAGAGUCUGGCCAACAGUAUAAACGCAGCGGCGGCUGCUGCAGCAGCAGCUGCAGCCAACAAUCCAGCAGCAGCAUUGGCCAGCAUGCAUGGUUUUGGUGUACCCGGCAGCAGUCUGUCAUCGGUGAGCACAGGCAGUGGUUCGAUACCAACUAGUAGUGGCGGAGGAGGACAUGGUGGCUACAAGAGCACUGCCAGUGCUUAUGGUAAACCAUCGACUAUGACAAGCACUAGUAGCUUGUCUAGUAAUCCUGGCUCUGCUUAUGACCCUGUGACCCUGCAUAAAGAGCUGCUGGCCAUGCAGGCGGUGGCCGCAGCAGCCUCUGGCUCUAGUUCAAACAGUUCCUCGGGCAAAAAAUCUGGAGGAGGCAGUUCCUCAUCAUCAUUGCAUGGCCAUUUGACUGGCGUGGGUGGUGGUGGUGGAUCCAGUGGUAGUAGUGUUGGCAUGAUGUCCGGCAGUAAAUCUUCCACCAAUGUCAGUUCCAGCAAUGCCUCAUUGGGCGGCCUGCAUUCAAACAAUCCUCUAAUGUCACCUCACUCGGCUCUAGUUAGUGGUGCUGGGAUGGGUGGUGGCAGUGCGGGUUCUAAUUCUUCCUCUUCAUCGGGCAAGGAUCGUGAUAAGAAUAAUCCCUCAUUAAAUGCCCUCAAUUCGUUGACCCAAUUCGGUGCUUUGGGUAUGACACCGCAGCAAAGUAUGCAGAGUAUGCAGGCGGCGAUGAAUGCAUUUGCGGCUAGUACCACUUCGGCUGGUUCUGCAGGAGCUGGAGGUGGACACUCUGUAAGUAGUCAGCAGCAGCAGGGAGGAGCAGGAGGAGGUAUUGGCAACACAAAUGCAGGAGCUGGUGGGAAAGCUAAGGAUUAUCUAAGUGGAGCGGGCAUGAUGAGCAGCAAUGAGCAUCCAUCUUUGUUAGGAGUUCGCCUUCCACCCGAUACGGAGAUCAUUAAGUACACAUCAUCUAUUGUUGGUCCCAAAAUUCCUGGUACUACAUCACGCGGUCGUAAAAAGACCAUUUCCGAAACAGAACAACAACAACAAAACACACAACAACAGAAACAACAACAACAACACCAAGUCGAACACUUACUCCAACAACAACAGAAAGAUCUUGAUACCACAACAAAUGCAAUUUCCUCUCUACUUGCAUUUCCAGGUCUCAGUCCCGCCAAGCGGGCUAGACUAGAAAUGGAGUAUGCCGCCAUGGCAGCAGCUGCGCAACAACAACAACAACUCCACGGCAUGUUGGGAGCAGCAGCAGCAGCCGCUGCAGCAUCUGGUAUGCCUGGCAUGAGUGGAUUACCCACAUCACUGGAACAAUUAAGCGGUGUCGUCGUCGGCGGCGGUGGCACAAAGGGUGGAGUCUCAUCAUCCAGUGGCGGAGGUGGUGUCGGCGGCUCCUCCUCAUCAUCGUCAACAAUCACCAGCAGUGGCGCACAGAGUGGUGGCUCAUCGUCGGCCAUUUCUCAGCAGCAGCAGCUCCAGCAACAGAAUCGCGGAGAUUUAUCAGCCUCGUCAUCGGCAUCCAAUGAUCGUGUUGAGGUUAUCAAAUUGCCACCAACAAUCACCUCAAACGGAGCAUACAAUCUAUCCAAUAAGGGUAAAGAAAUCCAUGAUCUUACUACAGAUCAUGGACCCGGAGCCGGUGUUAAUUUAAGCCUAAAAUCCAAUAAUCUAAGCUCAGCUGGUGGCGUUGGAGGCGCUGGCGGAGGAGCGGCAGGUGGAGCAGGUACUGGAGCUGUUGGUUCCGCCUCCAAUCCCAUAACGAUUGAUGAUUUCGAUGCACCACUCAAUUUGUCCAUGAAACCCUCGGAUAAGAGCAAUUCCCAGUCUACAUCAUCAACGAGUGUAACAAAUUUGGCAAGUGAUUAUCAGACCGGAGGUGGUGGACAAUCCGCAUCUGGAGGAUCAGCUGCUGGUGGUUCAUCAAAUAGUCUACAAAGUCUGAGUUCGAUUACCGCUGCUUUGGGUGGCACUGGAGGAAUGCCCGGCGGCGCUAGUGGUGUAACCUCACCAGCUCCCCAUAUGGGAGGAGCCGGCGGCGGUGUCAUAUCAGCAGGAGGCAGUUCAGCUGUUGGUGGUUCGAAUUCUAAUUCAGGAUCCAAUUCGAGUUCAUACAAGGAAGGACGUCCACGCAAUUUGGGACGCGGCGUAUCGAAACCCAAAAAGAAUACUGUCGCUUCUCUGCUGGCUCAAUCUCGGGCAGUGGGCUUAAAACCCAUGCUGGCCACUCAACAACUACUUCAACAGGGAGCUGAUAUAGAGAAAAUUCGUUUGGCUUUGAGUGAGGCUAAUGCCCACAUGGAAACCUCCACAGAUUCCGAAAGCAUGGCUGCCGAGAGUGGCCUAUCCGAAUCGGAGUCAGAAGAUGCCAAUAUACACAAUGUGUCCGAGUUACGUGUACCCUUGGAAUUGGGUUGGAAGCGCGAUACUGUUAUACGGGGAUUAACCAAACAGGGACAAAUACGCGGCGAGGUUACAUACUAUGCGCCCAAUAGUGUGGCUCCACUUAAGACCAUUGGCCAGGUUUUUGCUCACUUGGAACAGCAACCAUCCAGUCUUACGCGUGAGAAUUUCAGUUUCUCUGCCCGUGCGAUUGUGGGCUCAUUUCUGCAACCGGCUCCUCCGCCAUAUGCCAAUGAUGGUGAAUACAUACGCAUGACCGAUGAGGAUGUGGCCAAACGUCUGGAGGAUUUAAAAGUCUUCACUCGUCAAACUCUCAAUGUGGAGCAACGCAUUGAGAUAGCCAAGCAACAGCAGGCCAUGCGUGAUGCCAAGAAGCAACAAAAAGAGGAACUUGCUCGCAACAAGGAGAAGGCUCGUCAAGAGAAAAAUGCCAAGCUGGAGCAGCAACGCAAAGAGAAGGAACUUAAGAAUCAACAGGCUAUUGAAGAGCGCAAAAAACGGCAAGAGGAAUUGGAUAGGCUCAAGCAGGAGGAAUUGAUUAAGAAGCAACAGGAGAAAGAGAAGCGACGUCAGGAAGCAAUUUUAGCUAAGGAACAGGAAUUACAAAAGCAAAAGGAACUACUGCUGGCUGCCGAAAUGGAACGUGAACGCCGUCGUCAGCAUAUGAAUCUUAUUCGCAUGUUGGAAGUUCGCCGCAAGUUUGAAGAGCGUGAGAAGAAGAAACAUCAAUUGGUUUUGGAUCGUCUGAUUUUGCGGGAGCGUCGGAUGGCAGAACGUAAGAGAGAUGCUGAUAUCCUUCAAUUGAUACGACGACCCAAUGAGGAUUCGGAAAUGCCACAAGAAAUCGCUGUGCCAGAAUUGGAGCGUAUUGCUGGCAAUCGAUUGCCUGGACAGGCUAUGGCUGAUCUUCUUAUGGUGUUUGAGUUCUUGCACAACUUCGGUGAGACACUUGGAUUCGAUAUGGAAUCGUUGCCAUCAUUGCAGAAUUUGCAUGAUGCUCUGAUCAGUGACAGCAAUGCCGAUGCCGAGGAAGAAUUGCUGUCGGUGAUGACUCAUUUGCUGGUCUGUGCCAUUGAGGAUCCGGGUGUGCCCAAUCCGGGCAGACAUACCACACUGUUGGGACAAUCGUUGCGAAAUGCUGAUAUAACCAAUUCGAAUGUAUCUGAGAUUUUGAGAAUCUAUUUGUAUGCCACUGCAACGGGAGAAAUACGUCAAAUGUAUGGCAUCACAGUGGAUCGUGAGCGGGAACGUCGUGUGCCCGAUCAUCAUCAAUUGGAUGCAGAUUCGGCAACACAUUCGGCCAAGAAUCAAGAGUACUACAAGCUGCUCCAUGAGAAUGAUACGUGGAAAUUGUCACAUUAUCUCAAAGAUCGUCCAUUUGUGGCCUUGAAUCCGACUAGAAAGGCCCAAAUGUUGGCCCACCUUUGCAACGAUUUGCUGAUGAAUAAAGCGGUCCUCCGCCAAAUUGAUGGCAGUCUGGAAACAUGUGCCCAGAUGAGGAAAGAGAAGUACAUGACGGACAUGAAGGUACGCAAGUAUAAGGCCCUUCAUAUGCGUAAGGCGCGCAUUGAGGCUUAUGAGAAGGCCCAAGCAGAACGAGAAGCAGCCAUGCAAGCUCUAAUGGCCCAGCAGAAACUCGAUGCAGAACGCUUAGCACUCGCCAAGCAGGCUGAGGCGGAAGCAGCCGCUGCCAUUGCUGUGGUUCCAGUUGAUGGAGAGAAUUCCAAGGCGGAAGUUAGUGGCGAAACAACUACCAAUAAUGGCGGGGAAAAAGAAGAUGAAACCAAGGAUCCAGAGGCAGCAGCAGCAACAACAACAACAACAACACAGCCAAUGGAAGUGGAUAGUAAUGAUAAAGAAGAAACUGCUCCAGCCACUCCAGCUGCAGUUGGCGCUCCGUCGACUCUUCAGUUAGGAGCAGGAGCUACUGGUGACUCCUUAGUCAGCCCAACAAAGAUGACUGCUGUUCCCAUUAGCACCACGACAGCCACCACCAUCAGCGGUGGGGAACAGUGCGCCGCCACUAUUGCCACGCCCACCUAUCAACAUAAUGGCUCAGCGACGACGACGCCGACAAACAGCGCUUCGCUUGUUACGGUUGCUGCCGCCGGCGAUGCCCUCUUGCAGGCCAAGAAAACCGGAGCCCGCAAUUCCAUCAACGAGGAUGGACAACAUCCCGAUGUUAGUAUCAGCAUUGAGGAUGAUCUCUCCGAUCUGGAUUCGGAAAUCACAAAUGUGGAAGAGGACGAGGAUAAUCGCCUGAGUGCCGAUGAGUUGCAAAAGAAGCUGGACAAGAUUGUACGUGCGUCACUCAAUUGCAAAGAGGCUUUGGAGAAGAGCACAAAUCAGCUAAGGGCCGCAUGCUUUGGCCAGGAUAGAUUUUGGCGUCGCUAUUGGAAACUACCGAAAGCGGGAGGCAUAUUCAUUGAGGCCCUGGAGUCGGCACAGAAUGAUAUAUGUGGCUAUCAUGAGGCACUGGAGGGUAUGGACGAGCAGGCAACGGAUAGAGAGGAAGAAAAAAAGGCAGAAUCAGUGGAUGGGGAUGCAGCAGCAGCGGCAGCCGAACAAGAUGAGCCGAUGGAUGUCGAUGAAGACGUUGAUGCUAAUGACAAAAAGGCAGUGGAGGAACCACCACUUGCUUCAGAACAGCCACAAGCGGAUGCGGAGCAACAGCAGCACCAGGAGGAAGACGAUGAUGAUGACGAUGAUUGCACUGAGAUCAACAAAGUCGAACCCGAAAUUGUUGAUCUUGGCGAUGAUGAUGAUGAUCCGCCCAAGAGUGACCCAACGGCUCCGCCACCACCGCCUCCACUACCAGCACCUCGUCCCGAAAUUAAGGUGAAAUCAGAAAUGGAGCUAAUGGGACCACCACCCACAGUUAUUUCAACAAAAACCGAUUUCGAGGCUGAGAUUAAGAUACCCACCAUUCCUGGCCUGAUACCCACAAUCAAUAAUAACAACAAUAAUGCCAAUGUCAACGAUUUUACCAACAUGAUGAACAUGAACAACAUGGGCAGCAACAUCAACAACAUCAACAUGAACAUUAACAAUUGUGAUAAGAUGGACUUGACGUCCAUUAAAGCCGAGAUGGAUUUGAAAAAGGAAGAUGACUGCAUUAUAGUGUCCACCACAACAAUUGGUGAUGAUUCACCCAAAUGGUUCUCGAUUGUCAAACGGGAAGUCCCACUGAUUAGCGAAUUGCCUGCCGAAGAUGGCGGUGUCGUUUCGCAGGAACUUCAGCAUAGCUAUGCCAAUCAGAAUUGUUAUGCCCAGUUGCAAUUGCAGGGUCAUCCAUGGGAUUUGAUUAAUAAUAUGCAAUAUUAUUCUAUACCCAUGGACGAGUGUAAAGUGGAGCCGACCAAAUACACCCAGGAAUGUAUAUUCUCGUUGAGUGGCUUGGAUGAGAAGCAAAUGCAGGCCAAAAUUGAUGAAUAUGCUGUGAAAAUGAGUUCAUCAGGAACAGGAACGGGAACAGAUGCCGCCAAUUUAACAGUGUCAAAAAACGGUCUGGGCUCUCCUCAUCCGCCCAGCGAGACUGAUGAGGAGUUAAAAAAGACAACGACAACAACGAAAUCCGAAACGGAGGAAAAGUUUUUUCGUUUAGGCAGUGAAGUCCCACCAGACACUGGGGGUGGGACUGGGGCUGGGCCUGGAGUUGGAGCUACAGCAGCAGCUGGAGCUGGAGCUGGAGCUGGUGAAACCGAAAUUGAAGUAAAGCCAAAAAUUGAGCUACGCUUGGAUGAGGCGCUCUCGCAGGCCUACUAUCACAAUAUAGCCAAUAUGUCGUUGAGCAGUGUCCAAACAUAUAUACCCAUUGAUAUUCCAUUGCCCCUCUCCAUGACCCCCGAUGAGCAUCGUCUGCUGGAACAAGUGAAAUUGGCUGGCUUUCCUGAAAAAGUUCAUGGUGUCUAUGUGCCACGAAGGCAUCGCUAUGGCUGGUGGCAACUCAACGAUGAGCAGAAAUUGCGUCAACUGGUGAAAUCGUUAAAUCCAUCCGGAUUAAGGGAACGUGAACUUCAGGAGAAUUUGCAACGUUUCCUCACCCUGGAGCAACCGUUGGGAGUUAACUAUUUGCUCAAGGAGCAUGAAACGGAAGUCGUUGAGUACAUGAUGCCCGAUAAGCCAAACGAUUGGAAUCCUAAGGUGGCCAAACGUGUGGAAUUGGCUCUGCUAGAGCAACUCGAAUCGUUGGAAGAUAAAAUCGCCAGUGCAUCGAUGCAGCUUAAAAAUUGGCAAUUGCCCAAUCGCAUCGAGAACGAACUCAAUCUGGAGCAAGAGGAUGUGAGUGAAGAGGAUUUCGUUAGCAUUAUACCCAUGAUAAGGGAACGCAUUAUUGAUCUGGAGGCAAAUAUUGAGAGAAGAUACCUUAAGCCACCUCUGGGAUCCCAAACGGGUGAUGCUCAUUUGGCUGUGAUUGCCCAAAAUCAGCAUACAUCGACACAGACUCAAAAUUCCGCAUCGGCAGCGGCAUAUCUUCUGCAAAUGCAACAACAACAGCAGCAGCAGCAACAGCAGCAACAAUUGGUUGGCCAACAGCAGCAACAACAACACCAGCAACAGCUUGGUAACAACACAAACAACAGCAGCAACCUUAAUCCUUCAUCCUUCAAUGAACGUACCAUGGCCCUGGCAGCAAUUGCAGCAGCCGCUAACCCACCCAUUCUCGAUGGUAGCUCUGCUAAUCCAGCUGAAUGCACCUCUGGCAAUGUCUCACCUGCCAGCAAUUGCGAUAGCGACAAAGAUGAGAAGGUCGAGAAUAUCCCAAAAGGCCUAGUCCAAUGGCGUGAUGCAGUUUCUCGUUCGCAUACCACUGCCCAACUGGCCAUGGCCUUGUAUGUUCUUGAAUCCUGUGUGGCCUGGGAUAAGAGCAUCAUGAAGGCGUAUGCAACGAAAAGUAGCAAACCCAGCACAAAGAAAAAGGGCGGCACCAAAAAGCAGGCUACACCAAAGAAACAACAACAAAACACGAAAGCAAAGCCGCCGCCGCCGCCAUCAUCAUCAAAAUCAACGACUCCGAAGAAGAAACAAAAAACAGAGGAAACAGCAGCCACUCCAUCAUUGAGCAUUAAAAUCAAUUUAAAAGCCUUGGCCAAGGCUAAUCAAAAUGGUCAACAGGAUCAGUCUGAUUCUGAGGCCAGUUCCAGUAGCUCGACUUCUGCAAGCAAUUCAGACUCGGACUUUGGGACCAGACGAAGGAACAAAACCAAGACAAAAACAAAGAACAAGACAAACAAGACAACACCGACUGCAACUGGGACUGUGACUGCGACUGGGAAACGUCGACGUUCAGCCACUACUACAAACUCUUGCAAAUAUUCAAAUUCCUUACAGAAUUGCCAGUUUUGCACAUCGGGCGAGAAUGAGGAUAAACUCCUGCUCUGCGAUGGCUGUGAUAAGGGCUAUCACACAUACUGCUUCAAGCCCAAAAUGGAUAACAUACCCGAUGGCGAUUGGUACUGCUAUGAAUGUGUCAAUAAGGCCACCAAUGAGCGCAAGUGCAUCGUUUGUGGUGGUCAUCGUCCAUCUCCAGUGGGCAAAAUGAUCUAUUGUGAUCUGUGUCCGCGUGCCUAUCAUGCUGAUUGCUAUAUACCGCCACUUCUGAAGGUCCCAAGGGGUAAAUGGUAUUGCCAUGGUUGUAUAACACGUGCUCCACCUCCGAAAAAACGCAGCGGGGGAAGUAGCAGUAAAUCCCGCCGGGAUCGUGAUGCCAGCACAGCGGCCAAGCGACGGAAUGAUAAACAGCUAACAAGUGGUCCGGGAAGUUUGGAGCAAAUUGCUGUAGGCGAUGUUCAACCGCAGCAGCAACAACAGCAACAACAACAACAACAACAAAUUCUUCUCAAUGCCUCUCAACAGUCACUAAACUCAUCGCACGAUGAGUCAAUGACCUCAUUGCCAGCACCACUAAGUCCUGCCCAUUCUGUGGCCUCAGCCACCUUUGAUGAACAGCAUCAUAAUAAUUCCAUUGAUGGCUCACGCUUUCCCACAACUACCCACAAUAAUGGCGGUGUACCCCUAGCUGAAACGGAGGGCAGUGCCAGCGGAGGAGUCACUGCCACCAGUUAUCCACCUUAUCCGCCACCAAGUAAUUUUGCCACAACUGGAAUGGCUAAUCGUACGCCGCCAUCGUUGCCGCAGCCCCUGCAGUUUAAUACGGCCAUGUCACCACGAGCUGUGACUCCGACCAGAACGCCAACUCCCACGCCAACACCGCCACCGCCGCCCGGUCCACAAUUGCAGCCACCGACACCAACGGCUGCUGCUCCGAUAGUUAUGCAGGCAUCGCCAACAGCUUUGAAUGUGACCUGUCAAUCGCCCACUCAGCCUAUGACCAUGCCCUCGCCCAGAGCAUGCACGCCAACGCCACCCGCCACUGGAGCGGGAAAUGCAACACAAAUGUCACCACCGCCCAUCAAUAUACAUGCCAUACAGGAGGCCAAGGAGAAGCUUAAGCAGGAGAAGAAGGAGAAACAUGCCACAAAGAAGCUGAUGAAAGAGCUCUCCGUCUGCAAGACUCUACUGGGUGAAAUGGAGCUACAUGAGGAUUCUUGGCCAUUUCUAUUGCCGGUGAAUACGAAACAGUUUCCUACAUAUCGUAAAAUCAUCAAAUCCCCAAUGGAUUUGUCCACAAUUAAAAAGAAAUUGCAGGAUUUAAGCUACAAAACCCGCGAAGACUUUUGCGUUGAUGUACGACAAAUUUUCGACAAUUGCGAAAUGUUCAAUGAGGAUGAUUCUCCCGUUGGCAAGGCGGGUCAUGGCAUGCGUAAAUUCUUUGAAUCUCGCUGGGGUGAACUAACCGAUAAGCACUCCUGAUACCCCAUGCCACAAGCACAAGCCACAACUCAAGAUCACGCUCAAGCUCAAGCACAGGGCCAAGGACUAGACGAGCCAUCAGCAAUGACACCAGCAGGCGUGGAAUUGGUGGGACUGGUAGCAGCAGUGGCCGAGACAGGAGCAGGAGGAGAAGCCGCAACAGAAACAGCCGCCACAGAAGCAACUGCACAAUUUUGGUAGAAAUUAGUAAAAA